AUGGGGCGCACCACCGACAACUACUACUACAGCCCCUGUGGCCAGUCUUUCCGAAACUACCGCCAGGUCUCUGAGUUCCUCGGCCUCAGCGUCGCCAGGGAGGCCGUGCGCGGCAAGCCCGGCCCCAAAGCUGCCAAGCGCGCCGCCGCCCUGCCGGCUUCGCCGUCGUCGGGCUCCUCGUCCGGCACCGUGGAUUUUGGCAUUGGUGCAGCAGGUUUUUCGUGGCGGCGAGUGGGCCACGCAGCAUGCAGCAGCGCCAGCAGCCUCAACGGAGCCGUCAGUGGCCCGACCAGCGACGACUGCGCCGCGUCGGCGCCGCCUCCGCCGCCGGCCAAGAAGGCGCGCACAAAGGGCUCGGUCGCAGCGCGGCGCAGCCCGGUGCCGGCUCCCCGGCUGGCGCCGGCGCCUGGUUUCGAGGCCCUCGCGCCCCUGUUCCUCGGCUGA